AUGAAGUUCUCCGUCGCUCUCUUCGCCAUUGCCAGCUACCUUGCAUCUGCCGCACCGACUGGCCCAUUUCCUGAUACUUCUGGCCUCAGCAAAAGCGCUUUGCCAGCGGACUCGAUCAAGGCUCGUAUGAGCGACGAUGCUGUCAACUCGGCCGGGCACUCUACGGGUCUGAACCCAGACGUGAUUGCGUCUCCCUAUUACCUUGUUGACGAGCUUCAAGAGCGCUCUGCGGGCCUGAAUCCCGAUGUAAUUGCGUCUCCCUACUACCUUGUUGACGAGCUUCAAGAGCGGUCCUAG